AGCAGCUGGAAGUAGUUAAAGUUGGAUCUUCCUGUUAGUUUUGGCCUACGUUGCAGGUGGUUUCGUUUAUCAUCUUUCUUGUAAAACUACUUUCUGUUUCUUCAUCUAUCACGCUCGCCCGAUCUGCCCUGCCCUGGAUUGCAUUGUCCUCCUCGCGAGCGUAACAUAUAACACGAUGCCAAGGACUGGGCGGCCACCGGCGCAAGAUCACGAAACUGCUUCGACGGAGGUGCUCAGGGGUCGGGCUCGCUCUGCGAAGAAGUAUGGAAACACGAAGGAGGUCGAUAGGAUCGAGAAGAUACUUGCGGACAGGGAACUAAAACUCCAAGCGACUGGGACCACCUGGGCAGCCGGGCUCUCCCUGUUCUGUCUCAUCCUGUGCAUCUGCGGUUUCGCUUUCGGUCUGGGAAGUCUCGGGCUCGGUAUUGAAUGACAUAAAAUCUUUGUCUCUGUUCUGGAUGAACCUUGCAGUGUCUCUUCGGUGCAGUUGCAGAGCGUUUCGGUUGAGUUUUGUAAGAAGCAGUCUGGUGGCGCUGUGUAAUUGAAGCUGCUGAAGUUCAUCUCUAACUCUACUUACGGAAAAUUAUGCAUGAAUUCGUUGCAGCAUCAACAGCAAGCGUUCAUGGAUAAUUUGUAGCUACUUGUUAAGCAGACACGGGCAUCGGGAUCGGCAUGUGCUCGACUAAGUAUUGUUUUUCUGUCUGGUACUACUGCUAGGGCCAAUGCUUCUUCCAAAACUACUUGCUUCAUCCAUGUUGCACUUCUUGAAUACACUUCUGCAACGCAAAAGCAUUGCGGGACGUCCAGGCCCGGGACAAGUGUUGUUUUUCGAUUGAUACACGACGUGCCGACAGUGCAGACGUACAUCAAGGACUCCCUCUUCUCCUUGGCUCCGAUUCCGCCCACGAACGGUACAACCGGAGCAGCAGAUGACCCGUUCGUCAACGCAACCACUGGCAGUCGUGAUUCCGGCGGCGGGGAAACCACGCAUCGUGCAGGCGAAGACCGUGUCCAAGAGCCGACGUUGGAGGUGAACUUCCUCUACCCUGGGAAGGGUCUGACGCGGUCGCCGUCGCGGAGGAGGAGGUCCAAGAAAACCGGCAAACUGUCCGGCGAGAAGCGGGUCGAGAAAACGGAACAAGAAUUGUAGGAAAAAACGAAAAACUACCUUCAUUCACAACACACACGCUCGACGAGAACAAACAGUUGAUGAAGCAGAAAAAACUACGGAGUGAACAAUAAACACAGGAACAAGUACCAAGAGCUUCCUUCUAGCCUCUCUUCUACACUGCUGCAUUCUAGUACAGCAGACGAUCGCACAUCAGAUGCGGAUCAGAACCAUGGCAACGGGUGCUUAGUGGAUGCGGAGAGUGUUGUGAGGUUCAUUUUCCCUCCCCUGGGUAAGUAGACGCAAGCCCUAACCGAAACUGUUAGAUUUAGAUAGUACUAAGCUACUUUUGAUCGUUAUUCUACGUCAGAUUCGACGAACAUUUUGAUGUUCUUUGUUGUCCUUCAAAUAUUAAACUUUGGAGCAUUACACCGCAAAAGCAAAUAGUACGAAGCCCGUGUCACCUCAACAUCACAAGCAAUCGCUUCAGUUUCUUAUAUUUCAACAGCAAGUCGCAACAUCAUUCAAACGCUUUUGUUUAUCUGCAUAGCAUUGUUUCUCGUUGCAAAUGAAGCAAGAGAAGUUCGUGUCUUCAAAAAUCAUUCGGCUCGCAUGAGCUAAAGUCCCAGCUUGUUUACAACUUAUCAAUCUCUGUUAUUUCGUUAUCGUUAACGUUUUCGUUUACAUUUGAAUAUAUAAUUUCACUCACCGCCACCAUGUAGUACCAUACAGCAAAGUUGGACGCAACAGCAGACGCCGCCUUCGAAGCAAAAAUAGUAUUAGCAGUAAGCGAGCACGCAUCUAUGCAACCGAAUCGACGCCCUGUACAGUUCUAGUUGUUGCCACCUUCAUACGAAAGCACAAACUUCCUCUACAACAAGCUGAGCCGGUAUGUGCGCGCUCCGUACCGAU